AUGGUGUCCGCCCUCGUCGCACACCAGUCGCUCGCCGCUCUUUCCUUCAGCGCAGCAGUGAAGGGCGCCGCUCUCUCCGCCAACCGCCUAGCAGCGCCUUACGCCGUUGCCCCCCGCGGUCUCGGCGUUACCGCCCUCCUCGGCUUCAACAAGGCCGCCGUCCCCGCUAAGGUCAACCCCGUUAAGAAGCAGCUCCGCACUGAAGACGGCAUCUUCGGCACAUCCGGCGGAUUCGGCUUCACGAAGGCCAACGAGCUCUUUGUGGGCCGCGUCGCGAUGCUCGGAUUCGCCGCAUCGCUGCUGGGCGAAGCGGUAACCGGGCAGGGAAUCCUUUCGCAACUGAACCUCGAGACGGGCAUCCCCAUCACGGAGGCCGAGCCGCUGCUGCUCUUCUUCAUCGCAUUCACCGUGCUCGGCGCCAUCGGCGGGCUGGGCGACCGCGGGCGAUUCGUGGACGACGAGGCGCCGGCGGGUCCGCCGGUGAAGCCCGGGAGUUUCAAGUCGGCGCUGGGGCUGAGCGAGGAGGGGCCGCUGUUCGGGUUUACCAAGGCGAACGAGCUGUUCGUGGGGCGCAUGGCGCAACUGGGGUUCGCGGCGAGCCUGGUGGGCGAGGUGAUCAGCGGGCGAGGCGCGCUGGCGCAGCUGAAUAUCGAGACUGGCUUGCCCGUGUGGGAGGUGGAGCCGCUGCUGCUCGCCAGUAUCGCCUUCUUCUUCAUCGCGGCUAUCAACCCCGGUACAGGGAAGUUCAUUAACGAUGACGAGUGUGUUCCAGGUGGUGGGGCAGGUGUGUUCCCAGGUGGUGGGGCAGGUGUGUUCCCAGGUGGUGGGGCAGGUGUGUUCUCAGGUGGCGGGGAGGUGUGUUCUCAGGUGGAGAGGCUGCUCUCAUCAUUCCUUGCAGCUCCCACCAUCCCCUGCUGCUCCCAUCCUUAUUUUCUGCUCAUAUAA